AUGCCUGUUCCAAAUCCAGAUGUUGAGACUCCACAGGGCGAGACUGUCCACGCUGAGCGCAGGCAAUCAAGCAGCAAUGGGACCUUCAACGGCGAAAAGUCGACCCGCAGGGCUUCCACAGCUGCCCUUCUUCGCAACCCACUGACGGGCAUGACUCGAGAGCAAGUGAUUGCAGAUGUUGACGGUUUUGUCGAAGAGAAGGGUCUCACCGAGCACCGUGAGAUUUUCCGAAAGGGAGCAUUGAUCGCACAAGUAAACAACGUCAAGGAUGGCUUCGAAACCAUUGAUGCCCUGAACGAGGCUGAGAAGGAAGUGAUACGCAUGGAGGAAACUCAUCGCUGGCACCAGCCCUUUAUGCUUUACUUCUUGUGCAUCUUAUGCGCCGGAUCUGCCAUUGUACAAGGCAUGGAUCAGUCUGCCGUGAAUGGGGCUCAGGAGUUCUACUACGAAGAGUUCAACAUCCGUGAUCCAUAUCUGCAGGGGCUGAUGAACGGAGCACCAUAUGCUUGUUCUGCACUGAUCGGCUGUUGGUCCAACCCUUGGCUUAACAAGAUCGGCGGCCGUCGGUUCACAAUUUUCUUCUCUUGCGCAAUGUCUGUCAUCACUGGUAUUUGGAUGGCAGUGGCAAACAACUUCGCGAACCUUCUUAUCGCUCGAUUCUUCCUGGGGUUCGCCGUGGGCGCCAAGUCAUCUACCACUCCGGUGUAUUCUGCCGAGUCGGUGCCUAAGACUAUCAGAGGCGCCCUUACCAUGAUGUGGCAGAUGUGGACGGCAUUUGGUAUCGUCCUUGGCUUUGUCGUGUCUGUAGCGUUCCAGGGUACGGACUUCUUGGGAGCAAACUCGCAAUGGCGAUGGAUGCUCGGCUCUACCAGCAUACCUCCAUUGGUCGUCAUGGUCCAGGUCUAUUUCUGCCCGGAGAGCCCACGCUGGUACAUGGAAAAGGGAAAGUAUACCCAGGCGCUCAACUCUUUGACACGCUUGAGAAAUCACCCGGUGCAGGCGGCGCGAGACAUGUACUACGCGCACAAACUCCUCCAAAUUGAGCGACAGGAGCGCGAAGGACGCAACUUGUUGAAAGAGUUCUUUAUGGUUCGUCGGAAUCGGCGGGCGGCUCAGAGCGCGUGGUUCACCAUGUUUAUGCAGCAAUUCUGCGGCGUGAACGUCAUCGCAUACUACAGCACCAGUAUUUUCCAGAAGGCUUCAUACACUCGGUCACAAGCGUUGCUGGCGUCCAUGGGAGGAGGCUUGAUCAACUGGAUAUUUGCCAUUCCAGCAAUCUACACCAUCGACACUUUCGGUCGGCGCAACCUUUUACUGACCACAUUCCCACUCAUGUCACUGUGCCUCUUCUUCACCGGAUUCGCCUUCUAUAUCCCGAAUCAGCAGGCUCAGCUAGCUUGCGUCACUACGGGUCUUUAUCUUUUCAUGGCUGUGUACUCUCCCGGCGAGGGUCCGGUGCCAUUCACAUACAGCGCCGAGGCUUUCCCGCUUCACAUUCGUGACAUUGGGAUGAGUUCCAGUACUGCGAUCACAUGGGGCUUCAACUUCAUUAUCAGUUUUACUUGGCCUCCACUCGUGGAAGCGUACGGCGAUACCGGUGCGUUUUGUUGGUACGCCGCCUGGAACCUGUUUGGCUGGGUCUUUGCGUACUUCUUCCUUCCGGAGACAAAGAGCCUUACGCUGGAAGAGCUCGACAAUGUCUUCAGCGUCAAAAACAGAGAGCACGGGGGCUAUUACUUGCGCAAGUUGCCGUGGUACGUCAACAAGCACUUGCUGCGCCGAGACGUUGACACCUUCCCUCCGCUGUACCAGUUUGCAGAAGAACGAGCGCAGGCAGGGGAUAAGCACGCAUCUUUUGGGCAACAAGGUAGCUCCGACUCAGAGAAGGGCGUACGAACUACCGCGCUGGAGUAG